GGGGAGACUGGUGCAAAACAGAUGAAAAAAAAAGAGAGAGAGAGAAAAGAAGGCCGAGGCUUUGGAGGGGCAGAGAGACCCACAGAGGUGGCGAGAGGGAGGCUGACAUGCUGCACCAGACUGCAGGCACCAUCACCUAUUUGACUGCGGAGCCUCCCAAGUGCCACUAACCAAGCUGCUGAAUUUGACGAGCUGGGAGUGAGAAUGUGUUUCCUACUACUGCUGCUGUUCCUCCUCAACCCAUAUGUAAAUGUCAGGAUUGGAGUCGACCAUAGAGAGAUACAAGACAGAACACUCUGACCAGGAAAAUGCAAGAGGCCACCAGGUCGGCAGCAACACAGCCUUUAAGUUGGCUUUAACAGUGUGAAGGAGAGGACGUAAACCUGCAGGUUUAUCACCGCCUUCAAGACUGCUGGCCAGAAUAAUAAAGUCUGCUUCAGUGGGGACCAUAAAGAUGUAGCUGCCGGGAGCUAACAGAUAUUAUUGAGCUUUUUGGUAAUUCCUGUUUCUAUGGCAACAUGAGUCAAGUCAUCCCGUGGACGGUGCGGGGAGGGGAGAACCAGCGGGCGCUGAUUUGGCUCUCGAAAUUGGGGCAGUGAGAAGAAAGAAACAGUCUCCCCAGUCGGAUGAAAGCCACGAGGCGUUUAAGGCUUAAAAGGAGUCUUCGGAAUAGGUGCUGCGCAAUGCGCUCCACUCGACGCACCCUCCCGUCUCUGUCGUCCACCUCUACAGCAUGCAAAUUACGGCGCAACUCCAAUACACCGCAGAUUGGUUAACUACACAGAGCGCGCGGCGCGGCGCACGAGCAGGACGCGCUGUCAUCUUUAUUUUUUUUUUCAAGUGGACUCUACUAAAAAGAAAAAGAGAAGAAGGGAAAAGGUGAAUUAAAUCGACAACACUGGUUUCUUUUUUCUUGUUCACCCUCGAACCCGCAACUUAAUCAGAUUUUAAUUCCGUAGAGGCUGCGGCGAGGAGGACCGUGAACGCAUCAUCACCAUCCCCAGCAGCACCAUCCCGGGACCGGAGUGAAACCUCACAGCGACGGAAUAACUCAGCGAGCCCGUGUAUGUGCGUGUGUGUGUGACAGCUUUGUGCUCUGGACUGGAGAAAAGACUAAGAGAGGACAAGCAGUGGGAAGUUUUUCAAGGAGAAAGUGUUGUGGAGGUUACCCCUCUCCGCCCCCCCGAAAGAAAAAACACACACACAGCUCGUCUUCAAUGCGUCGCCCCCUCGUACCUGCUGAUGGACUGAGCACGGUGACAGUUGGAGGAGCCUUGCCUUGUUUUCAUCAGUUUUAACAGAUAUCUCAGACCGAAAUGCUGCCCUGUAUCAUUUUCUGCGCCCUGUUUCUCGCCACGGCCCAAUCCCAAGAUAUCCAUCCCUCACAAGCAUCAUCUUCUAUUAGCGAGUCUUGUGACUCCCUGUGCUCCUGCGAAGGAAAAGAUGGCAUCCUUCAUCUUAACUGCGAGCAGCGAAACAUCAGCAAAAUCUCCCAAAUCAAUGUCCCGUCAGGUGUGCCCUUCCACCUGAACCUUUACAAAAAUGACUUGGUCGAGCUCCGUGCCGAGGAGAUGGAAGGGCUUAAGAAUGCCCUUUCACUGCACAUCGGGGGUAAUAGCAUACAAGAACUGGAACCAGGGGUCUUUAGCACUCUCAGUUCACUGAAAAAAUUGCACAUAAAUAGCAAUUUCCUUGUCACUCUGAAGGAGGAUACCUUUCAAGGCCUGGUGAAUUUGGAGUUUCUCCAAGCUGACACAAAUUUCAUUCGGGUCAUUGAGCCGGGGGCCUUCAACAAACUAAUCCGCCUCAAGGUCCUCAUUCUCAAUGAUAAUUCCAUUGAGUUUUUGCCCAGUAACAUUUUCCGGUUCGUGCCCCUCACCCACCUGGACUUACGUGGCAACAAGCUCCAGACGCUGCCUUAUGUGGGGUUUCUGGAGCACAUCGGACGGAUAAUGGAACUCCUCCUGGAGGACAAUGUCUGGGUCUGUGACUGUGAUAUUUUACAUUUAAAAAUCUGGAUGGAGAACAUGAGGGCCCAGUCAGCCAUCGGGGACGUGGUCUGCACCACUCCACAUCAGCUUAAGGGGACCAUUCUGGCGAAAGUCAAACGGGAUGUUCUCUGCCCAUCCCACGCAGACAUAAACCUGGAAGAGCCAUCAAAGUCACUGGAUAUGGUUGUUACUCCCUCAUCCAAAGUGGCUCAGAUUCCCAAACUGAUCGACGCCAAAGAUGACGCCAAGGUACCAACACCAUCUCACAUUCCUGACAGUCCUUGUGUGGAACAUUGCUCUUGUCACAAUCACCCUGUGGCUGGGUUUUUGAUGCACUGUCAGGACAGAGGAAUUCAAAAGGUGUCAGAUAUCGGAAUAUUUCAGCAAAGCCCCACUAAACUGGUCAUGACAGGAAAUAUGAUUCAGAAACUCCUCAAGUAUGAUUUUGUCACCUAUGAUAGUUUAGAAUCACUCAACUUGGCAAACAACAGAAUAGAUUACAUCGAUAAUGAAACCUUCCUCAGCUUGAGCAGUUUGAAGAAAUUGUAUUUGAAUGGAAACAGGAUUGAAAAGCUGUUCUCCACAAUGUUUGUGGGGCUCCACAACCUUGAAUACCUUUAUCUGGAAUACAACCUUAUCAAAGAGAUUGCUCCAGGCACAUUUAAUCCCCUGCCAAACCUAAAGCUGUUGUCAUUAAAUAAUAACCUGCUCAGCUCUCUUCCAGCACAGAUAUUUCGCAAUGUGCCCCUCACCAAAUUAAACUUGAGGAAAAAUCUACUUAUGCACCUGCCAGUGAGCAACGUGCUUGAUCAGCUUGACUCACUGGAGCAGAUUUAUUUAGAGGACAACCCCUGGGACUGCAGCUGUGACUUGCUCAGCCUCAAACAAUGGGUAGAAAAACUUAGAAAGGACACAGUGGUGGGCUCCAUUUUGUGUCAAACCCCAAAGAAAGUGAUGCAGGCUGAGCUAAGAAGCCUCCGUCAUGAGAUACUGUGCCCCGGUUUAGGGACCUACUACCCCAUGUCCCCCGAAGGGGAGGAGAGUGUGACAGCUACACUGGGGCCUGAAGGCACUGGGAAGGGUUUGUUCAGCGCACUGACGGACACCGUCCCACUCUCUGUGCUCAUCUUAAGCCUUCUUAUGCUUGUGCUCAUGAUUAUAUUCUGCUCAGCCGGAUUGGUGGUGUUUGUGGUGCACCGGCGGCGGAGAAGGGCAAAGAAAAAAGCAGCAGAGGAGCAGCCGCGGGAGAACACCAGCAGCAGUCCCAUUCACUUACAUUACAGCAUGUACGGGCAGAAAACGACACACCACACGCUGACUCAGAGGACGGGGUCCGCCACUCUGUACGAAGAGAGAUCCCACAGUCCCAUUGUGCAGAUCUGUCGCAACCCAACCUACUGCUCCCAGCACAAGGAGCAUGACGCAGAUAUGGAUUACGGCCUCGACGAUCCCAGCUCCAAGCAUCACCUCUGCCGGAGCAUCAUGGAGAAGGAGAACACUUCACCACUCACGGGAAACCCCAGCUCAAAGUUCCGACCCAUGACCGGAGAGUGCCCCGCAGAGUUUGUCACACUCGGCAAUCCCAACUCCCUGUACAGGAACAUUCUUGAGAGGGAGAAGGAGCUGCAGCAGCUUGGAAUAACUGAGUACCUUAGGAAAAACAUGCCGCAGCUGCAGUCUGCUGUAGACAUGCAGGUCCCGGGGCACCAGGAGGAGUUAAAGCUAAUGGAGACUAUUAUGUACUCAAGACCACGCAAGGUCAUGCUUGAGCAAACUAAGAACGAGUACUUUGAACUUAAGGCCAACUUGCAUACUGAGCCGGACUACUUGGAGGUUCUGGAGCAUCAAACUGCAUUUAACUGAGCUUAGACAGAUAAAAAUAACUAUAUAUAUUGUUUGGAACCAAGUGCCUUGUCCUGUUUGCCCUCCUGUACUUUCCACAGUGUGAAAUAUAUAUCAUGGGCACAUCACUUUAAGUUUAAUUGUAGCACAGAAUGUAACUGGUUUAUUUUUUUGUUUCUCUGUUGACAGCCAUGUUAUGUAGCUGUUGAAAGGUGAAGUCCAUUUGGCCAAAUGUAACUUAAAGGAAGCUAUCACAGUCUGUUGAGCAGGCCUGGGUUGAAACCAUCUUAGAAAUUCACACAAACAGCUUUUUAGGAUUGAAAGCUAUCUCGAAUAAUUGAUCCACACAGUAAACAUCCUCCCCCACCCAUCUGAAAUCCUGGUAGGAUGAAGCAGAUGUUUGGAAAGAAGUGGGUGAAUCUCAAUCACCACUUGACCCAGAAUUGCUGUUUAAUCAGUCUAUCCUAACUCGGGGUAUGACCUGAUUACGCCCUCUGUCAACAUAAGCUGGCUACAACGCCGUAACCAGAAUGCUCAUUGUGCCGUAGAGUUAGCGGAAUGCCAACUGUACAUUGGAAACAAUAACAGGAGUUGUUGUCCCACUUCUGUUUUCCUGUCGGUUCCUUUGAACGAUCCGAUUCACUGCACAGCUGCAGAGGACCUUAAUUUAUUUUUAUACAAGGAAAAGGAUGUUUCUUCUUCUCUCAAUCAGUAAAUACAGCACUUAAAGUACAGUAUAUUAUACACAACUGUUAUCUUGUAUAAAUGCAUUGCACUAAUCAAAUGCCAUAAGAUGGUGCAUGACAAUCAACAGUCCUGCUGAAACUUUUUUGUUUGUUAGUUUUUUUGUUUUGUGUCAGAAAAAAUGAGCCACAAAUGUUUGCGAUCCUUCAGUGUGUGUCCGUUUGUGUGUGCGAGUGUAUGCGUCAUUGGGUUUCACGUCACUAAUUUAUGUCCGACAGCAUUCAGGAGCAUCAGUCCUUCCUCAAGCUGGCACGAACUGAUUUGGAACUGUUUCAAACUGAUUGGAGGCAGGGGGCAUAUUAACCUUUUUAUAGCACACGUUUGGGUACGGACGAGCCACGCCACCCAAAAAAAAACAAAAACAAAAAAAAACAAAAGCUCCAGUUUUCCAUCCAGCAGAAAGAGCUGCCGACUGACUCCAGCCAACUUCUCUCAGCUCUAAUUAAAAGCAAUGGAACUGCUGGCCACUGACAUUUGCAGCGUGGACAUUGUCAGGAUUUCCACCACACACUCCAUCAUACUCUUGGAUAAAAAACUCCUUCAACUUUGAGACGGUUCAUGUAAGCACACACUCUGUAGCUUUUCUACUUAACUAGAUUUAAUUAUUUAUUCUGUAUAUGUUGUAUAUACCUAUGUUGCAUUAUAUCUUUGGUUUUUGUGUGCCUUCAGUGCUGUACAGAAUAUAAACAGAAGUUGUAACUGAUAAACAGGAAAUAAAGAGUUGCAAUAUUACACUU